GCCCGGGCCAUGCUAGAGGAGGCAGACGAGGCAACGAUGUCUCAGGAGGAGAAGUCGAAUUACAUUGAAGAGUGGAGUGAAGAGGUCAGUCCUGGAAUCUUCAUCGCUAAGACAUCGGUGCGGCUCCGAUCGGAAGCCGAUGUGGCUUCCGAGCUUACAGGCGACAUGGUGAAGGUGGGCGAGGUCUUUGAAGUCACCGAGGUUGUGCCGCCCAACGAGGAGGAUCCGUUGGGCUACCUGCGGGUUGGUGACCGGGGCUGGAUCUUCGAUGUGGGCAUUGCUGGGCCAUGGGUCGGAGUGCCCAUCGUUGCAGAAGUCACGGGGACCAUAGCUGCAAAGUACGCAAAAAUCCUUCGCAAUCCCAGUAAGUACGCUGAGUACCAAGCAGCCCUUGGGGACGAUGAAGACUUCGAACAGGAUCCCACUGAGGUGUCGGAGGAGAAUGAAAAACUAUGGAAGGCGCUCCAACAGGACAUCGAGACCGAGACGCUGGACGAAGAGCAGCGAAAAGCGUUUGAGCAUCUUUGCGAGGAUGAGCAGGAGCGAAAUCUGGUCCUCUCCUCCUUGAGGGAAGCAUCAGGUUCCGCAUUUCAAAAGCUGGUGGUUCCCAGAUGGAUGAAGUUGGCUCAACUCUUACCACCGGAGAUGAAGAUGGAAAUGGAAGCGUCAAAGCAACGUUUCUCAAGCCUCCCCGAAGGCGCUGGAAUGUCCCGGCCGAUGGACCAUGGCCGAAGGAUGGGCAUUCGAGUGCCAUCAGCAAGCACUGCACUUUGAGCGGCCUGAGAUGGGUGGGGGGACAGGAUGGAUUGCUGUGGAGCGAAUAUGAUAUGAUUUGAGUUUGCACCUUCAAG